UGAUGGUUGGUUAUCAGUCGUGCUUCAGAGCUUAAGUGAUGCAUUUCAAAGGUGGAAUUUUUCUGUGUCUCCUCUUCGGAAUAUUGGCAAUUGAAUCGGCCAAAGAUGAGGCUAUUGUGGAACUCCUUAAUGGUCCCAUUCGAGGAGUGAAACUCCCAAAUCUGUACGUCUUCAAAGGGAUCCAAUAUGGAGAUUCUCCUGUUGGGGAGAAACGCUUCGAGUCAGUUGGUCUCUUUCGAGAGAAGUGGACUGAAGUGAGAAAUGCCACAGAAUUCGGUCCAAAAUGCAUUCAACUUCCUCACUUGGGUGAUCCAGACAAAACUGAAGUAGUUGGAGAAGAGGAUUGUCUCUUCCUCAAUGUCUACACCACCAGUUUGGACACUGAGAAGAAUCUCCCAGUCUUCAUUCACAUCCACGGAGGAGCUUUCAUGUACAAUACUGCAAAUAAUUUGGAUCCUGAGAGAAUUCUUCAACAUCAAGAGGCUGUCUUUGUCCUCUUCAACUACCGACUCGGUGCGAUGGGAUUUCUGAGUACUGAGGACGAAGUUGUGCCUGGAAACAUGGGAUUGAAGGAUCAAGUUGUGGCGCUGGAGUGGAUUAAGGAGAAUAUCAAGGCUUUUGGCGGGAAUCCAGAUUCAGUAACGAUCACUGGACUAUCUGCUGGUGGCGCAAGCACGCAUCUUCACUACUUCUCACCACUCUCUUCGGGAUUGUUUCAUCGGGGAAUUUCCCAGAGUGGAUGCGCCCUCAAUCCUUGGGUUUUCGCUGAGCGCUCAAAGAAGAAGGCCAAAAUCGUGGCUGAGAAGCUAGAUUGUCCAACUGGAAGUGUUAAAGAGAUGAUUAAAUGCUUGAAGAGCAAAUCUGCACAGGAUAUUGUGAUGAGCGCAAGACUUUUCCAGCCAUGGCUCUACAAUCCCUUCUCGCCCUUCGGUGUGGUUGUGGAGAAGAAAGGAGUUCGUCCUUUUCUCACAGAUCACCCAGAGGAUCUCAUAAGAAAGGGAAGAGUGUCUGAUCUGCCGUGGAUUGUUUCGCUAACGGACUCUGAGGGACUUUAUCCAGUUGCAGAUCUCAUCGAUCCUCCUUCGAAGAUUGAAGAGUUGAACAGCAGAUGGGAAGAAUUGGCUCCUGCUGUGCUUGAUUAUGGCGGCUCUGUCUCUCGCCACGAUCAGCCAAGUGUGGCGAAAAUGCUGAAGAAAUUCUACCUCAAUAGAGAAGAUAUCUCUGAAGAGAAUUUCGACAAAUUCGUAGACAUGGUCAGUGAUAGACUCUUUGCUGCCGGGAUUAGUUUAAGUGCUCGUCUUCAUGCUGAAUACCUCAAAUCUCCUGUUUAUCUCAUGUACUUCACCUUCCCCGCUCAAUAUGGAGUGCAUCACAUUUAUGUGCCUGACCAUAAAUUCAAAGGAGCUGGUCAUGGUGAUGAUAUCUUCAUGAUUUACAAGACUGCCUUCAGAAAGACUCCUCUGAGUGGCGAGGAGCAGCAAAUGGUGAAGCUCUACUCAGAAAUCUUCACUUCUUUUGCCAAUGGAAAGCCUCAAAUGGCAGAUUUGACGAUGAUUCCCAUCACAAAUAAAUUAAGGAUGCCUUUCCUGCACAUCAAAUCGCCAUCUGACAUCUCAAUAGAGAUCACCGAGGGAUUUGGAAAUGAGAAAUUUUGGUAUUCACUCCCAAUUGCUGAAUUCGCCAAAUAUAAUGCUCCUAAGGCGCCUCCGAAGAUCGAGCUGUGA